AUGACGGAGGCACUUGAAACGCAAACUCGUAAUCAAUGCUCAUUUUGUGGAAAUCAAGAAAUUAUCCUGAGUUGUCAAGGCAACAGACACAUCUUCUGCUUGGAGUGUCUUUCUAACUGCUUCCGCGCCAAGCUGUCCGGUCCGGACGUAUUCUCGUACAGAUGUCCGUUAGAGCAAGUGUGUGGGUCUGUGUUGUGUUCGGACCUCACCCGGGAUGUACUGAACAGUGCCCAUCAUGGCGAUCUUUCAAGCGACAUUGACCAAGCUGCCUUACAAUCAGCCACCAAAGAGCCCACUCAAUCAUGCCCAAACUGCUCAGGGCAAUUUUUGCUGAACCCUCAUCUGGACUUCCAAGAUCUUUUCGUGACAUGCCCCCACUGUCAAGUAGACAUCUGCCAGACGUGCGACCACGCCCUAGGACCUCAUGGGGUAUCGGAACACCUCUGCACCCCUAGUACUGACUCCCCUUCAAUGAGACACGUGGUCGAGGAGCUUCUAACGAAAGCAUCUACUGUUACUUGCCCCAACAUCGACUGCAGACUUUCGCCAAUCAUCAAGGAAAAAGAAAGCUGUAACAUGAUAAAGUGUCCUAAAUGUGCUCAGUGCUUUUGCUACAUCUGCGAAAUGCUCCUCGGCACUGACGAGCUAGAGGCGCACACGAGCUUUCCUCAUGUUAAUCCCAGCAUUCCUAGCGCGCCGUGCUGCUGGAUAUUUGAUGACGAGGUGAUGGGUUUGACUCAGGAUGCCGCCAUCACGAGGCGUAAGCUGUACAAAGUGGACGCCUUUCUGUCUGGCUGUAAGAUUAGGGGUGGAAGGAGGGCAGCUGUGCUCGCUGAGUGUAGAGAUAUUCUGGGGGAACAGCUAAGCGAGCGACUAGAAGCCAGAAAACGAAACUGUCCAAUAAUGUAGAUGUAGCUCAC